UCAAAUUCCAACUUGGCCUGAACAUUUGGUGGAUUUUAAUUAACAAUUUAAAAUUUAAAUAAAUAUUUUGCAGUUAUGGAGAACACUGGGAAAUUGAGUGGAAAAACUUUGUUCAUAACAGGAGCUUCACGUGGAAUUGGAAAAGCGAUUGCAUUGAAAGCUGCUGCUGAUGGAGCGAAUAUUGUUAUCGCCGCUAAAACAGCUGAGCCUCAUCCCAAACUUUCUGGAACAAUUUACACAGCUGCGAAGGAAAUUGAAGAUGCCGGUGGAAAAGCACUGGCCUGCAUUGUGGACGUUCGUGACGAAGCUCAAGUGAAGGCUGCUGUUAAGAAAGCGGUUGAAAUGUUUGGGGGAAUCGAUAUUGUUGUAAAUAAUGCAUCAGCCAUCAGUCUCACUCAAGUUGGUGAAACUGACAUGAAGCGAUUCGAUUUAAUGCACAACAUCAACACUCGAGGAACUUUCCUCGUCACAAAGGAAUGUCUGCCAUUCCUUCUGAAGUCCAAUCACCCUCAAAUUCUUAACAUUUCUCCGCCGUUAAGCAUGGAGCCUCGCUGGUUCGCAAACCGUGUUGCUUACACCAUCGCCAAAUAUGGGAUGAGCAUGUGCGUGUUGGGAAUGGCUGAAGAAUUUAAGAAGUUCAAUAUUAAUGUGAACGCUUUGUGGCCGGAAAAAAUCAUCCAAACAGCUGCAACCGUUAUGCUUCGAGGCAAUGACAGUGAUCAAUUUGCCAGGAAGACUGAUAUCAUGGCAGAUUCCGCUUACGCUCUCUUAAUAAGAGAUCCGGGAUCUUGCACCGGAAACUUUUAUACGGACGAAGAAGUUUUGAUUGAAGAAGGAAUCACUGAGUUUAAGCAAUAUGCUUGUCAUCCUGAAUUCAACGACAUGUUGUUGACAGACGCCUUCUUAAGUGAAAAGGCGAAACUUUAAUCAGCACACAAAGCAGCUGGACUCACUUUAAAAAAAUCAAUUUCAAAUUUUACAUUUAAGUCGUCAGAUUGUGAAUAAAAUUUUGGCAUUAAAGUG